UUGGAUCUCCUCUCUCUCUACCUCUCUCUCUCUCUCUCUAUAAUAUUUUGGGGGGUUUAAUUAAUUAAUUAAGUCUUGAAAAUAUAUGGCGAAAUUGUCAUCAUCAGAUCCUCUGGUGAUUGGGAGAGUGGUUGGAGAUGUGGUGGAUGUGUUCAUCCCAAGUGUUAAAAUGUCUGUGGUUUACAGCUCCAACAAGCUCGUCUACAAUGGCCAUGAGUUCUUCCCCUCCACUGUUGUCUCAAAACCUAGGGUUGAUGUUCAUGGUGGUGACAUGAGAUCAUUUUUCACCCUAAUCAUGACAGACCCUGAUGUUCCUGGCCCAAGUGAUCCAUAUCUCAGGGAGCAUUUGCACUGGAUUGUCACAGACAUCCCAGGCACCACUGAUUCCUCCUUUGGAAGAGAAGUUGUGAGCUAUGAGAUGCCAAGGCCAAACAUAGGAAUCCACAGGUAUGCAUUUCUGCUGUUCAAGCAGAAGAAGAGGGUCCAGGGAGCAAUGCUCCCACCGACUUCUCGGGAUCGAUUUAGCACGAAGAAGUUCGCCGAGGACCACGAUUUGGGCCUUCCCGUCGCCGCGGUUUACUUCAAUUGCCAGCGCGAAACGGCUGCGAGAAGACGUUGAUCGACGACAUCGAUUAAUCGUAUUGGAUCAUGAUCUAGAAUGGACUAUGUUGUUUUUGAUGUAUUAUUAGGGUUUCUAAUUUUAUGUAUGUUGUGGUAAGAAUAAAAGAUGAAGUAUCAUUAUGGGUGUGGUUUAAUUAGUAAUUAUAAGUAGUCAUGGAAUGAAUUAAUUAAGUGUAUUGGACAUUAUAUCUCUAUGGAAUCAUGUCUUUCUUGAAAUUAAUUGUUUCCUAAGUUCUGUUUAUUUUGA